AUGGACAAACAACUAAGGAGGAAUCUUGCGCCUUCUCUUCCAUUACAAGAAGAUUUUGUUUACCACUGGAAAGCAAUUACCCAUUACUACAUAGAAACUACAGAUGACAAAGCUCCUGUUACUGAUACCAACAUUCCUUCUCAUCUGGAGCAGAUGUUGGAUAUCCUAGUUCAAGAAGAAAAUGAGAGGGAAUCGGGAGAGACGGGGCCUUGUAUGGAGUAUUUGCUACAUCACAAGAUCUUAGAGACAUUGUAUACUCUAGGCAAAGCCGAUUGUCCUCCAGGAAUGAAACAGCAAGUUCUGGCUUUCUAUACAAAACUUCUAGGGAGAAUACGACAACCUCUUCUCCCACAUAUAAACGUACAUAGACCAGUGCAGAAAUUAAUCCGCCUUUGUGGUGAAGUUUUAGCAACACCAACAGAAAAUGAAGAAAUUCAGUUUCUCUGCAUAGUAUGUGCAAAGCUGAAACAGGAUCCAUACCUGGUCAACUUCUUCCUUGAGAAUAAGAUAAAAGCAAUGACUUCCAGAGGAUCAGCAAGUGUAAUUUCAGAAGAGGUGCUAAAAGGCCAAGAUUCCUUGACAACAGACAGAGGACAGUCUGUGCAACCUGAAGAGAGAUCUGCUACUGCUAGAGCAGAGCACACAGAGAAAGCUGAUGACCUUCCUCAACAGGCAGAUGAUUUAUCAUUCAGUCUGGAUGAACUAAAUGUCACUUCAUCUCCUGAAGCCUCAGCUGUUCGUCCAAACCACGACUACAAUUUAGUGAAUUCUUUGCUGAAUCUCACAAGAAGCCCGGAUGGUCGAAUAGCAGUGAAAGCAUGUGAAGGACUCAUGCUUUUAGUGAGUUUGCCUGAGCCAGCAGCAGCCAGGUGCUUGAUCGAAAGCACUUGUUUAUGUGAAUUGCUUACAGACAGGCUUGCCACACUCUACAAAGCCCUGCCUCAAUCUGUAGAUCCUUUAGAUAUUGAAACAGUAGAGGCAAUUAACUGGGGUUUGGAUUCAUAUAACUACAAAGAAGAUGCUUCUGCAUUUCCGGGGAAAAGAGCCCUCAUUUCCUUUUUCUCCUGGUUCGACUACUGUGAUCAGCUCAUUAAGGAAGCGCAAAAGACUGCUGCUGUCACUAUGGCAAGAGCUGUGCGAGAACGAUUUUUUGUUGGUGUCAUAGAACCUCAGCUGAUGCAAACUUCAGAGAUCGGGAUCCUCACAUCAACUGCACUUUUACAUCGUAUUGUCCGCCAAGUCACGUCAGACGUCUUGCUGCAAGAAAUGGUUUACUUCCUACUUGGAGAGCACAGGGAGCCAGAAACCCUGACAGACAUCAAUAGACAUCCAUUGCGACAUAGGUUAAUUGAGCACUGUGAUCAUAUUUCUGAUGAGAUCAGCAUCAUGACUUUAAGAAUGUUUGAGCACCUUUUGCAAAAACCCAACGAACACAUUCUUUACAACUUGGUUCUAAGGAAUUUAGAAGAAAGAAAUUACAUGGAAUAUAAACCACCCUGUCAGGAAGACAAAGAUGUAGUGGAGAAUGGGCAGAUAGCAGGAGCAGUAGACCUGGAAGAAGAUCCAUUAUUUACUGAUCUCUCCCCGGAUAACACAUUGUUGAAUCAGGAGUGGCUGAGUGCCUCUCCACCUAUCAGUCCAGAACAUCCAAGAAAUGACGGGAAGACUGAAGUUCAUAAAAUUGUAAAUAGCUUUCUCUGUCUUGUACCAGAUGAAGCCAAAUCAUCAUACCACGUAGAGGGUACAGGUUAUGACACCUACCUCAGAGAUGCCCACAGACAGUUCCGGGAUUAUUGUGCGAUCUGCCUACGAUGGGAGUGGCCAGGUUCUCCCAGGUCUUUGGAAAACUGCAAUUUAGAAGCACCAUUUUUUGAAGGACAUUUCUUGAAAGUUUUGUUUGACCGAAUGGGCAGGAUUCUUGAUCAGCCAUACGAUGUAAAUUUACAGGUUACGUCUGUGUUGUCCAAACUCUCCCUGUUUCCUCAUCCACAUAUACACGAAUACCUUUUGGAUCCUUAUGUAAAUUUGGCUUCGGGUUGUCGAUCUCUCUUCUCUGUUAUUGUCAGGGUCGUUGGAGACCUUAUGGUGAGAAUCCAGCGCAUUCCAGAUUUCACUCCUAAACUUCUGCUGGUCAGAAAGCGUCUUCUUGGCUUAGAGCCUGAAGGGCCCAUCAUUGACCACAUGACAUUACUAGAGGGAGUGAUUGUACUGGAAGAGUUCUGUAAAGAGCUGGCAGCAAUUGCAUUUGUGAAAUACCACACCUCAUCUACACCGUAAAUAAACGUAUCAUGUGGCUGAGCUCCAAAAUCUUCUAGUAUGUUUCAGUCAAAAAAAAAAAAAAAAAACCCCAACAAACCCAUUGACCCACUCAGGCAAGCAGGGAUAAAGCCUCCCACCAAAGUGCACACAACAGAAUUACUAUUGGGUGAUGGUGAAUGGCAAGUUCUUGGUCAUCGUUUCACAAUUUGUCAGUACAAGCCGUGUUGUGAUGGAAAUGAAGAUCUAUCCAUUCAAGUUGACACUGAACCCAGAAUGCAAUCAAAGAGGCUUCAGGAAAAUCAAAACAUAACAUUUCUAGCCAUUGUUUGAAGAGCUGCAAAAACUGAUGAACCCCAGGCAUCCAAACUUUGCUCACUAUUCUCUUGUUUUAACAGUGUUUUAGGAGUUUGGGGUUUUAUUAUAAUCUGAGGUUUAUAUGCUUGCUUCUGUCUUGUGACCUUUAUUAUUUUUAAAUAUCAAGCUAAUUUUGUAAUGUUUUCAUGUCUUAAUUAUUUAAGGUGUUUUUUUUUCUCUUCAACUGGAAAUAUGAAAGGAAAAGAGUGAGUCAGCAAGCAGAGAAAGAGUGUAUUAUUUAAAAUGGAGAGAGGAUGAAAAAACCUACAAAUGCAUAUGAUCUGUAUCUGAUUGAUUUUAAUUUUUUUGACUCUUCUGCAAAAAAUUUCUGAUUCACCACUGCAUUUUUCAGAAUUUGCAUCAGUGUAAAGCUGAUCUUAAUGGAGUUGCACUGUACAACUGUCAGUAACGCAAUGUUGAAUCAGAUCCUCUGUGUAGUUGGGAAGUAUAUUGCAAGAGUGGGUGUUUCUAGUAUGGUGGUCUUUGACUUUCCAAAUGAUGUGUUGUGUUCAUCUGUGUAAGUAGUUUUGCUAUAGACUUCUGCGUGUGGGCCUCAGUUUGUCUGAUUUAUGUCCCUUCCAUAAGGCUGUUAAUUAUACAGGUCGUUAGUAGUAGUUGCUAAAACAGUAUUCAUUUUGUUUUAAAAUGCCGUUUAGCAGAUGUUGGUUUAAGUAUAUUUCUGUGCCUUUAAAAUUGGCAAAGGAAAUCUUCUGUCAUUCUUAACUUGUUUUUUUUACUGUUCUCAUCCUAAUGGUAGUGUCCAUGCAAAAGAUGGACUCAUGCCACAUGAGGCAGCACUCAAAGGGCUGAUACUAUUCUUAGGACCAAAACACCCCCACUGGUUUCCACAAUGCUAGGAAGCCAGCCUGCUUCCCAGUGCACCCUUUGCAAUAUGAAACCUACCAGCCAGCACAAGCUAUGGGGUACAUGUACCAGCCAGAGCAGACACUGGAGGCUCAGGGGGAUGGACCCCUCAAGCACCCUUUGCUCCUGCUCUUUUUGAGUGAUUGCAACUUGCACCUCAACCAGCUCUUGUUGCUGUCAGUGGCAUAUGCACUAGCAAGACAGAGGGGCUGGACAUGCUCCUUAACCUUCCUCCCAGUCAUGGUGAUCUUUGCCCUGCUGUUUGCACAGAACAGUCCCCCUAGCCGCUCCUGUUGACACUGAAGACAAGACAGACAAAGCAGGAUGUAGCCCUGAAUGUUUACAGUGUUUCCCUUUGCUUGUCUUGCCUAAUACGCUAUUUGCACACAGAGUGCCAGUUUCUAAUCUGAUUUACUUCAGUGUAAAUUUGGACUAAUUUAAUCAAGUCACUUGAGUUCCUCCAGAUUUGCAUGAGUGUAUCUGGCAUAAGAAUCUGGCUGCCCCUGAUUUUGCUGCCUGUUUUGUUUUUUGGAUUUUAUAUUUGUAGACACUUGAUGGCGAGUACUUCUUUAAAUUAGCAAGUAUAUAAAGCACAGCAAGAGCGUUCUCCCCAGUCAUGGGCAAAAAUCGCUCCCAAGUAUGUUUAGCAGUGGGAGGGUUCUGCUGGUGAAUACUCCUGUAAGGUUAAUGGUUGUGGAACCUAAAAAAAAGCAGGUUUGGCACCACUCCAAAAGAGAGAAGCAUUGCCCAAAGGCGACUGCUGUAACGCAGCAUGUUGAUUCACCAGCUCCCUGCGCUGCUUGCCAUCCACAGAACUACAGCGCCUCACAACCGGCACAAAUGAUGUUCCCAAGAGAGCGUGGCUUUGGCUUUAACUGUUACAUGGAAAUAUUCCUUUUACUUCCCUGCACCAGAUUUGCUAAAUUUGGCCAAAUAAAGUUUUCAUCAGAUAGCUUAAUAAGAGCAGAUUUAAGGAAGAAUGGUUUCUCUUCAUUCCUGUCCUUUUAGACAGAUGUUUUGUGAAUAGCAAAUGAUUUUUAGAGUGACGUGCAUUACAAUCAGUUCAUUUGAGAAGCUUUGUUAAUUUAAUGUAACUGCCAGUACACAGUGCACAUAGCACACACACAUAUAUAUAUAUAUAUAUGUAGAUUUAUAUGUAAUACACAUAGUUAUGUUAACUUAGGCCCUCAAUUAGCCAAGCAUUUAAACAUGAGCUUAAUUUCAAGUAUUUUCCCAAGUCACAGUCGUUUUAACAAAACUUAGGAAGAUGCUCAAAGAUAAGCAGUGGAGCUACACACACAUUUAAGGGCUCUGCUGAAUUGACACCUUUAUUGUUUUAGCUUGUAGUUUGAGUUUAAUUGUGUUUUCCUCCCAAUUUAAUUACUAUUUUCAUUAUUUAUUGGGAAACAAACCCUCUGACUCUUAGAAUUUGCCUAAUAUCCUAUUAGCAACAAACCGGAAGACGUAACACUGUUAACAUGAAAGCAAGAAAGAUCAUAAGGUAAAUCUCCACUGGAGCAGUCUGAAUAAUGCAAUCACAGUAAAGCCAUUCAAGAAGUGCAGGGUGGAGACAGUGGCAUUAUUUUUUUAAUCAGUUGCUGAUUCCUGAGCUCAUUGCACAGUAAAGGGUUGUAUCCAUCACUGCAUGCAAAGACAGCAGCAGCAUCUGUAUCUUUUAAAUGCAAAACAAUCCACCUAGCUGCAACUCUGAUGAAUUAGUGCUUGCACUGCAGAACAAUAAAGGAUCACUGCAAAUACUCUUAAAUCAGAGAUGUAAUUGUUUAGUGUUCGGUCUUCCGUAGCCAUGGUGAUGUUAUCUGACAAACCAAAUGUAAUUCAGCCCAUAAAUUAUAAAAAGUGGAUCUAUCUUGAUAUCUAAAUCAAUGCAAAGGAAAGCUUUAGCCUUUACUGCUUAUGUGGGCGGUCCUUACAAAACCAUAAUGACCAGAAAUGAUGACAAUGACUUUAUUUUAUAUAUAAAAAAGACCAUUUGAAUUUUCCUUUAGAGAGAGAACUUUCUUUCUGUUUAAGUUUUUCAUGCACUUUUAUUUUUUAAAGUGGGGAGUUAAAGUCCACAUUUUCAUUCAUCAGAUCUAUGUAUGUCACUGAGAUGCCUGUUUUGGUUCUCUGUGUUUAUACACGCGUUUGUAACUAGUUAUUUAUUGCCCACAAGUGAACACUUGAGAAACACCGGCCCUGGAGCGAGAUGUUCAGUGCAUAUGCAAAUCCCUCAGGUGUGCAUGGGACCGGCAGGUGCUGCUCACUACCCUGGAAAAUGUGGCCACUAGUGUUAGAGUGAUGUACUUGGCGGGGGGAAUAGUGGGAGUAGUUGGUUCCAAUAAGCAGAUCCAAACUGCAUUUUAACCCUAAUGCACAUUUCUGUAAAUAAAGACACUUUUACUUUUUUGCCAUGUAUGUAUCUGAUUUGGAAGCUGAUGUAGAAAAUUUUGUAAUAAGUAACAUAUCAUACGUGCUAGAACAGAAGUUUGUCCAUAGUCUGUUUCCCGUAGUCUCCCUAGCAUUCCAAUCUUGUCAAUGUAACGUUCAAUAAUGUAUUCGUCUGUGCAAUAUGAGAGCUGUGAUUUGAUACACAGCUUCAGUCUGGUUGUACAUCACCUGUGUAUAUACAAGGACCGAAAUCCUGAGCUCGCUUACACUAUUGCUAGUGUAAAGAUUGUUACACUUGAUUUUACAGGGCACCGGUAAUCAUGGAAUUGCUUUGUACGUGCAUGGUAAAUUUCUUACCAUGACUUACUGUAUGAAUGCACAGCUGCAAUGUGAUUAUGAAAUACAUCCUUAUUUGUCUUGCUGAGAGAAAUGUUAUAGUGAAGUACUAUGUAAAAUCUACAGAUUGCAUAAAUAUGCUUUGGGUUGUAUGAUAAAUCGCAAUCUGUAAACUGUAUAAUAUACAAGGCUUUCCAACCAUGGUCACUAAUAUUUUCUGUGCCCUGUAAAAUAGUGUUACUCUGUGAAUAUAUUCUCUUUGUUUUGCCUCCUGCCUUGUUUACAUUAAACAGAGGAUAUUCAGUAAACUUUUUCUAUUGAACUUUGUGUAGGUCACUGACUGACAGUGUUGCCAAGGGUUAGCAGAUGUGUGAUUUCCAACAAAGGAACUGUUGAAGCAGCCAUAUUACAAUACGUACAAUACCAAGUUUUACAAAGGAGGUUGUGAUACAAUACAAUUUUUGUGCUAACUGCAUGCAGGAUUAAAAGGGAUAUUCUCAAAAUAAAUUAAUCUAAUUUAAAUGAA